AGACGGGCUGUGAGGAGCUGAGAGUGGGUCCGGGAGGCGGAGAGCGGCGGGGUCAGGCUGUGGAGAGGUGUGGAGUAACCGGAGCGCUGUCCGGUACCGCAGUUUCAGUGUUAUAUUGGUAGUUAGUUAAUAACGGGGGUUCUGCGCUCCUUCACUUCAGCCCUGACCGAUAUGGGGGUCCGCGCGCAGCGACCGGCUCGGUUUCGCGCCCUUUUGGACGCGGCUGGUUAACGUUAAGCUCCGGACCGCGGAGGAGGAGUCGCUGUGUUUGUGUUUAUACUGUGUGUGUUUUACCGGAGGACACGGUGACCGGUCAGGAAGAUGCCCGGCAGGAACAGGUAUAACCUGGUGGAUGAUGUGGCGGACUCCCGGGUUCCGCUUCAUAACGACGAGGCUUUCCAGCACGGACUGCACUUCCAGGCGAAGUAUGUGGGCAGUCUGGAUGUCCCAAGACCCAACAGUCGUAUGGAGAUUGUUGCUGCCAUGAGGAGGAUCAGAUAUGAGUUCAAGGCAAAGAACAUAAAGAAGAAGAAGGUGAGCUUGGUGGUCUCAGUGGAUGGAGUUAAAGUCAUACUACGCAAAAAACAGAAAAGAAAAGAGUGGACAUGGGAUGAAAGCAAAAUGCUGGUGAUGCAUGACCCCAUAUACAGGAUCUUCUAUGUGUCGCAUGACUCUCAGGAUCUGAAGAUUUUUAGCUACAUCGCCAGAGACGGAUCCAGCAACACCUUCAGAUGCAACGUCUUCAAGUCUAAAAAGAAGAGCCAGGCUAUGCGUAUCGUAAGGACAGUGGGACAGGCCUUCGAGGUGUGCCAUAAGCUGAGUCUGCAGCACGCUGAGCAGAAUGGGGAUGGACAGCUAGACAGUGCUGCAGAUGGAGAGAGUGAUAAGUCUGUGGAUGAGGCCACAAAUGAAGAGCGGCAGCUGCCUGGAGCUGAACAGGAUGAGGUCAUAGAGGUGGGAACAGAGUCUCAGUCUGCCAAUGUGUGUGAACAAGCUAUGAACGAAAUCCUUAAGAGCCUAUCAGAUCUCAACGUGGUCAAACCAGGACAGACCCUGCAGGAUUUGGAGGGUGUGUCUCUCUACACUCUAUCUCCCAGCAGCCCCUGCUCUCCAUCUCUCACGCCACUGGCCACCCAUCACCACCUGCACUUACUACAGCAGCAGUUACUCCAGCAGCAGCAGCAAGCCCAAGUCGCAGUGGCUCAGGUGCAGCUCCUAAAGGACCAGAUGGCAGCAGAAACUGCUGCUAGGAUGGAGGCUCAGGCAAGGACCCACCAACUGCUGCUGCAGAAUCGAGACCUGCUGCAGCACAUAGCUCUGCUGGUCAAACACGUCAGUGAGCUGGAGUCCAGAGUUAAUGGCACUACACAGUAUGAGGAGUCACCAUGGAAAGGUGUUUCUUCCCGCUCUCUCUCCCUCAACCUGAAGAACCGCUACAUGCCCGGCUCAGGCCUGCCAAAGACCUCCACACCAGCUGGAGAUGCCCAAAACGGCCCUCCAGUCAGCCACACGAUGGACUGUGCUGAGUCCUACCUCAACCUUCUCAAACUGGGAGGACCCCCCACAGCCGUGGCCAACGGCAAGCCGGCGGACGCAGGAAGUGAGCAGGGAUCGGACGAUGCCAGGCAGAAUUCAUCUGCCCUGGACAAACGGUUUAAGCAAAUCAUCCCUAAACUGGAUCCUCCCCCUCCGCCACUCAACCGGAAGCGAUCGAACAGGACUUUCUCUCCAGGCUCGGAGACCAACGGCUCCUCCUUCCCCGACUUCACUUCCUGUACCGCCUCCCCAACCGACUUUUUCUCCUUCAGCAAUGGCGGAAGCGUCUCGUGUUCGGUCAGCGAGGACUCCGGCGUCCGCUCCGACAACAAGUCCCUCACGUCCCCGCAGCCCGGAGACGACCCGUUCGAGGACCGCAGCUCGGCCCUCCUGUCGACCUCCAGUACCUGCAGCAGUUUACCAGAGGACCGUCCCUUAGCCGGAACUCCGCCCCAUCUGACCACACCCCACAGCUACGAACACACGCUUCCGUUUUCCUCGCCCGUUAACGAGACCUGCCUCCACAUCAGCUUGAGUGAAGAUGAGCUGCUGGAGGACGGUAUUUGUAACGCCGCUACAGCUCUUGGGAGUUAGGAGCCAGGGCUCCAAAAAACUUUAAUAAAGCCCUUGGCUUUGCUGCGGCCUAGCUGCGGUUCACGAGUUCGGGAACUGCAGCACCAUAAAGAGAGAAACCGUCACACCGAAAAAGAAGGGAAUACCACUUUUCUGCUUCUCUGAAUAGAUGGAUUCAUUUUUACUAGAGGAGGUUCUGAAAUGUUGUUUGUAAUGGUGGAUUCUUACCAAAGAUACCCCAGAUUGAAACAGUAUAGCCUGAAUAUAUACUCUAAACAAUAACACAUUGCAGGUUUUGUUCAAAUAUAGUGGUCAAAUUGGACUACUAUUACUAAAAGAGCUUUUUUAUGUUUAACAAAUUACAAAAUCUUAUUUACUCUGAUUAUCAUGAUUUGGUUGUUCAAACCUAAUGUUGUCUUAUCUAGGGUUGGG